UAGAGAUUUAUGUAAAUAUAAUAAGUUAAUCAGUAUGUUUAUUAUUUUUCCUAAAUAAAUAUUAAGCUGUUUAACAGAAUUACCUGUUUCAUUUUCCGCCACAACAAACAGAUAUUUCUACUGAAACUUCGCCGGGAAACUAUGGCCGGAGUUCUCAAUCUUCCGCCGGCGCCAAUUUCCCAGCCAAUUCUCCGGCCAAAUUCAGCUAAGAUAUACAACAGAAUUUUGUUCGUAAAAUCAAUGGCGCAAUCGUCGGAUAGUUCAAAUAGCUCCUCUACUUCGGUGAGCACGAAAUUGGAAUCUUCGUUUUCGGCGCCGGAGAAUUUCAAGGCGCCGAAACCGAAGCCGUUUACGCCGAGAAGUGAUAGGAUUUUCGAUAUAUUGAGUGCUUCUCUUGCUUUGAUUUUUCGACUCGGUACUGGUGCUCUUGUUUCUGGGUAUUCAGCAUCUUUUGUCUCCGAAAAAGAGGUUCCAUCUGACCAGUAUGCACUUGGAAUUGCUGGCUUCAAGGUGAAGGAGAGUUCAAAAUUAGGCCCUCGGCCUGAGAAGCGAAUUGAGAUAUAUGAGUUUGAAAGCUGCCCGUUUUGUAGAAAGGUUAGGGAAAUAGUUGCUAUUUUAGACCUUGACGUCCUCUAUUAUCCUUGCCCAAGAAAUGGUCCGAAUUUCCGUCCCAAGGUUCAACAGAUGGGUGGAAAGCAGCAGUUCCCCUAUAUGGUUGAUCCAAACACUGGAGCUGCUAUGUAUGAAUCAGAUGCGAUUAUUAAGUACCUGGUUGGAAAAUAUGGUGAUGGAAAUGUGCCUCUUAUGCUGUCCCUUGGUCUUUUCACUACACUUACUGAAGGCUUUGCCAUGAUUGGUCGACUGGGGAAGGGGUCUUCUUAUCGGCCAUCCAAACUGCCACCCAAGCCGCUUGAGAUAUGGGCAUAUGAGCCUUCUCCGUUUUGCAAAGUUGUACGUGAGGUACUUGUAGAACUAGAGCUACCCCACAUACUUCACAGUUGUGCUCGUGGUAGCCCCAAACGCCAAGCAUUAUACGAGAAAGUUGGUCAUUUCCAGGUCCCAUACUUAGAAGAUCCAAAUACUGGUGUCCAGAUGUUUGAAAGUGCAGAUAUUGUGGACUAUAUACAGGCAACUUAUGCUCGUUAAGGAGAAUACCUGCUAUGAGGCUCAAAGUUACUUCUCUUAGAAAUGAACAGAAGAUUAGUUUUUAUCACGGGGAUAAGUGUAUAAAAAGGAAAGAUUUUCUGGAGGACACUGAUGUUUAAUCUAAAUCCUCAUCAAAUCUGUGUUUUCAGUCGGUAAAAGUAAAUGGCUUUGACACAACCCAAAAGAUUGUCCUAUGUUACUUAAAGCCGACAGGAAACUUCAUCCCUUACCCACUAUUCACAUUGUUAUCAAUACAAUGUGUUAUGAAUUAUUCCAUGUAGUGUUGUUUGUAUUAAUAGUCAACUUCAGUUAAAUAUUUUGUGUUAUACCAUAGCUUGGCUAUAUAGGCCACUAACAUUGUAAAUAUAUACUCCCCAGAGCAAAAAUUAGGAUUCACAAUAAUGGGAUUUGCCAGGUAUGACUUGUAUAUUUAGUCCCAACAAAUUGUGAGCAGCCUUUGGUGUUUACAUUUUCAUUCUGGCAAAGAUGCUUUAUCUCUUCA